AUGUCUUCUACACAAGAUACUAAUUUAGGCCUUUCAGAAUCUCAAGUGGGAUUGUGUACUGAAGAAACCACUGAAAAAACUAACGACAUCACUACUACGAAAGUUGAUCAAGAGGUGGCAAACAAUUCAAGUGAAGAGAAACCAAAGGAUAAAGACGUUGAAACGUUAUUAACUGAAGAAGAAAAAGAACAGCAUGAAGAAAUCGCUGAUGAGCAACAAAAUAACGUUGAAAGUGAUCCAGCCUUAAAGGAAUUGAAUCAAGAGGAGUUGAACAAAGUAGAUUCAACCAACUUAAAUGUGAAUGCGAUAGAAACCGAGAAAGUUUCAGAAGAAAAUGGAGAUCAGGCUACAUUAUCAGGAUGGAGUGCAGUUUGGGAUGAUAACGCGCAAGCAUACUAUUAUUGGAACACCAUCACCAAUGAAACCACUUGGGAAACUCCAAGUAAUAUCAGUAAUAAUAACGAUUUAACAGCCCAACCUAGUAAUUCUGAAUAUGCUGAAUACUCCGAACAAGAUUAUUAUCAAUAUUACUCUCAAUAUGGUUAUUAUCCUGAAGCGUAUUAUUAUGGUUAUGAUGGUUCUACCUUAACCGCUUCUUCAGGUAUGGCAAACACUGCCGUGGCAUCUACGGAACCGCCUAUAAAUCCUUUGGAUACCCUUCUCGAUAAGAUUGACAAAGAAGUUAAAUCUAAACUUGAUAGAAAACCUUCAAAAUCGAAAUCAUCACCUACUUCUGAAUCUCCUUAUAAUUCUAAUGAUCAAGAACAAGCUCCUUCUUCUACAAAUUUAGAUAAAUAUGAUCAAUAUCAAUCGACGACAAAUGAUUCCGAUUAUCAGUCAUUUUUAGCGGAACAUGGAAGUGAUGGCGCGGACUAUAAAUUUACCGCAAGAUUCAAUGCAAGAACCGGAAAGUUUCAACGUGAUCCAACUUUAAAUCCUGAAAAAUUUUCUGCUGAUGCAAAAGCAAUUAGACAAAUGUCUUAUUUCUUUGAUUAUGAUCAAUUUGCUGAAUCUAGAGGUUCUGCUGCUAAUAAAAGACUUUCAUCAGAUGCUUCAUUAGACGAUUCUAUAAGAAGCCACAAGAAAUUGAAUAAAAAAGAUAUUGAGAUGUUUAAACAAAAAAAGAAAGAGAAAAAAGAGAUGAAGAAAAAAUCUUGGUUACUUAGUGACGAUUAA